AUGCGUGUCGUGACUCAUUUUUUUCGAGAAACGAAUACAAAGUCAGCUGAAAUUACAGGUUAUGUACAAACGACUGGCGAACAACCAUUUGCCCUCCAUUUUUUUACAGAAUCUCAAAUUACUCGUUAUAUUUCGUUCAUUCACUCACAAAAAUAUUCACAUAUACAUAUGGAUGCCACUGGUUCCUUUGUUCGAAAGUUUAACGGCCAAAAACGUUCUUUAUUGUAUUGUAUUGUUUUUAAGGAUGGUGACGAUCCAUCUCAAAUUAUACCUCUCGCAUCGGCUGUUUUAUGUAACCACAGUGUACAGUCUAUCACCUAUUUUCUUAACAUCGUUAGAAAGAGUAUUGUCACAAUAGCGGACAAAUUUAUUCGCCCGUCGUUUAUUGUUAUUGAUUUUUCGCCAGCUAUCUUGAAUGCCCUAUUACAAACAUUCAACAACGAAGGAAUCAAUCUACAUUUAAAACGAUGUUGGAAUGUUUUGCUAAAGACCUAUUCAUCGGAGGAACUAUUUGCCGUAACAUAUAUACGAUUUUGUUGUGCUCAUGUUAUGAAAGCAUUCUCACGUAGCUUAAAAGCAGCACAAGUUAAAAAGGACACAAGAAAACAGAUCAUGCACUUCUUCGCAUUUAUUUUAUUGUCCAUGACACUCGAUCAAGCUAUGCAACUACUGAAUGCUGUCAUACAGAUUUUCGGUGAUCCAUAUAACACAGACUCACCAGCACUGCUACAACAUUUUUUGAAUAUUGGUCUCGACGAUUCUACUAUGAAAAUAAUUAGCGAAGAUGAGAAUGACGGCCAACAGCAACAACAAGAGCUAGAUCCAUUAGAAGAAAUUGAUGAAACUAAAAUAUCCAGUAAAGCUAUUAUUCACCAAUCGCCGUUUAACGUUGAAGCGAGAAAACAGAUUCCAGAUUUAGUGAACUUAUAUUCAUCAGACAAAUCAAUACCCUCGUACGUUAGCAAAAUUGGCCCUGGUCAAUUAUCAAAUGCAAUUGUUGAAUCUUAUUUUGGUAUAGUAAAAGAAUGUAUUUUGCGAGAUAUAAGUCGUCUUCGGCCAGCACAGCUAGUUCUUAACGUAUCACAAACAUCGGCGAUUACUGGUACAGAUAAUGAAAGUAUUCGAAAAAGUGCCCGACAAAAAACUCCAAAUAUUAAAUAUAGAUCACCUCCUACUUCUGUUAAGCGUAUUGCAAAGAAAAUAUUAGUACCAAUGGGCAAACUUACUACGCCACGAAACUGA